CCUCUUUUUAAUUGCUCGGAGGGCCGCGGCCGAAGAAGCGCGGGUGUGCCCUCCCUCUCCGAGGGGCCGGGGAAGGGGCGGGCUGUGUCCGCCAUGUUGGUGAAGGGAAACGUAGGCGUCUGGGGCUCUAGCGGUGUCGGCUCUGCUGGCCCGAAUCCGCCAUAUUAAUAAAGAGAAAGCAGGUUGACGUCCACACACACACACACACACACACACACACACACACACACUCACUCACACUCACACACACAUACACGACCCCUCCUUCCCACCCUGUCCCCCCGACUCAGCUCGGUAGGUGCCCCCCGCCGGCCCCCUCACGCCCUUCUUGCCCCUCUGCCCGAAGGAACGGUAGCAGGCUGCGCCGAAUGAGGGGGCGAGGGAAAUGCCGACCAAUUGCGCCGCGGCGGGCUGUGCCACCACCUACAACAAGCAUAUUAACAUCAGCUUCCACAGGUUUCCUUUGGAUCCUAAAAGAAGAAAAGAAUGGAUUCGUUUAGUCAGACGCAAAAAUUUUGUACCAGGAAAACACACUUUUCUUUGUUCAAAGCACUUUGAAGCCUCCUGUUUUGACCUAACGGGACAAACUAGACGACUUAAAAUGGAUGCUGUUCCAACCAUUUUUGAUUUCUGUACUCAUAUAAAGUCUAUGAAACUGAAGUCAAGGAAUCUUCUGAAGAAAAGCAACAGUUGUGUUCCAACUGGACCAUCUAAUUUAAAAUCAAACGUUAGUAAUCAGCAAGUACUGCUUGAACAUAGUUAUGCCUUUAGGAAUCCUACAGAGGCGAAAAAGAGAAUAAUUAAGCUGGAAAAAGAAAUAGCAAGCUUAAGAAGAAAAAUGAAAACUUGUCUACAAAAAGAACGUAGAGCAACUAGAAGAUGGAUCAAAGCCACUUGCUUGGUGAAGAAUCUUGAAGCAAAUAAUUUAUUACCUAAGGGCACAUCAGAACACAUUCUUCCAACUGCCUUAAGCAAUCUUCCUGUGGAAGGUUUUAAGAUUCUUGAACAAGAUCAGCAAAAUAAAAUACUACCAAUUCUUUAGGACCAAGUACCUUCAUUAAACAUUACUUUACAUAGAACUUGAUGCCCGUUCUUCAUUUUAUUCAAAAGAAAAAAUAUUUAAGAAAAUUAUGUCAAAAUUGGGUAUUUAAUAAAGUUUUACUUGAAGCUACACUAUUACUGUAUAGUUUAUGAAGACUUGAAUACAAAAUAAAAAGGAACUUUUGGUGAAAUUUACAUUUGAAAAGGAAUGAAAGUGCCUUAUAUAGGAAUUAUGAGUUUAAAUUUUUUCUACAAAAUUGUGCGUUUACAAAGUGUUUUGUGUUUCUGUCUUUUAAAAAUACUUAUACGGGAUAAUCUAUGACAAGUAAUGUGUUUAGCUUAUUUUAGAAAAAAAAUCUCUACAUACCAAAGUUGGCAUAUUACAUUCUAAAUAAGAUGCUAAGUAGGAGUUAACCAACAUUAAAUAUGAUUGUAAAAUCACUGGAUUUUAUGCUAAUUAUUAUUGGAACUAUGAUUUGGAAAUUUACUUAAAAUUCUGAGGUUUACAGAAAGUUCUCUUAUUUAAAAUUUUUGUACUUUUUUUUAAUCAGUAAGAGUGGCCUCCAAAUAUUAGCUUUUAAGAAACAUUAUAAAAUAGUUUGACCUAACAGUUAUAAAAAUAUAUAAAAUAUCCUUCAGUCAUCCAAGCUAAGUAAGGCAUCAAGUAAAUCUGGUAGCUGAAUAUAUACACUAUCUCAGAUAGCACAUUGUGUUAAUAUAAAGAUUGUGAUCUAUCUUUAAACUUAAUGAACAGUUAGAUAAAUAUAUGCUAACCUUUAUCUCAUAAAAAUACAUUUUCAGUUUCAAAAUUGAUGCAUUAGGAGCAGACACCCCAUAUUAAAAAUUAGUCCAACCCCUUUCUACUCUCAUAUUGAUACCAAAACUCUAGCUUUUUUCCCCAAAAAAUUUCAUGGGCAGAAUUUAGUCACAGAAAAUCACUUACAGUAUUUUAUCUUCACAACUUACAACUUAAAAUGGAACCACUUUAUCUUACACAUAACUUGCUUCUGACUCCUUUUUUAGAAAAAGUAAAAUAGAACAGCUGGAGUGCAUAAGAGAAAUAAAAAACAGUUCUCUAAAAAUACAUGUGUCUGUGAUUAAGCUAUGCAAGUGCUAAUUAUUUUACAAAGCAGUUUAUUACAAUUAUUCUUGCAGCUGUUACUUAAACAAGUAAAGGCUUUCCCUUUUCACUAGAUAAACAUUUAGUGGAAUUCCGUUCCUUCAAACACUAAGUCAAAUCAUGUAAAAAUGAGUACACGUGGGGCAGACCAGUGUACAGUAGGUAGGGCGAUUGCCUUGCGUGCAGCUGAUCUGACUUGCAUCCUCAAAUCCCAUAUGGUUCACUGAGCACCAUGAGAAUUCCUGAAUGCAGAGCCACAAGUGACCCUUGAGCAUCGCUGGGUGUGCCUUCCCCACCCCCACCCCCUGUCAAGAAUUUUUUAAAUGAGUACCUGCAAAAAAAAAUUUUUUAAUGAGUGCAUGCAAAAUUAAGUAAUUUGGUCCUCCUGAUUGGAGCUUCUGACUCAUUGAUAUGAAAAUAUAACAAUAUGUAAAUUGUCACAAAUUUUUCCUGUAAAUUAAUGGUUACUUUAAUGAUUUUUUUUUCUUUUUGGGGUCACACCUGGCGAUGCACAGGGGUUACUCCUGGCUCUGCACUCAGGAAUUACCCCUGGCCGUGCUCAGGGGACCAUAUGGGAUGCUGGGAUUUGAACCCGGGUCGGCCGUGUGCAAGGCAAAUGCCCUACCCGCUGUGCUAUCUCUCCAGCCCCUACUUUAAUGAUUUUAGAGUUGUUGGUUUAUUUUUUGCCUAAACCCAGGACUUCACAUGUGCAGGGCAAGUGCUUUCACACUCACCUGCAAAAUUAAAUCAUUGACCCUUGUUUUUGUUUUUGCCAACUAUUUAAAUUGCUGUGGUUUUUUAUUCUUUAAAUGAAUAUUUGCUUGGAUCCUGAAAUGAUCUUCUUACAAUAGUAGCACCCAUUCUUUUAGUAAGGAAUACCUUCUGUGCAACUAGAUUUUGCAAAAGCAAAAGAAAUCUGUUUUAGUUUUCAGACACUUAAGAUAACUAUUAAAAUCUUUUUAUGCAUACCUUGUUAGUCAUUUUAUAUUUGUCUUAAUUUUUGAAUAUACUACCUUGAAAUUGAUUUUUUUUCUAGUAUCUUCUUUGGGGUUGACUUUGUUUUUUGGGUUCUUGAGACACACCCAAUGGUGCUUGGGGCUGCUCCCAGCUCAGUGCACAGGGGUCAUUCCUGACAGUCCUCAGGAGACCAUGCAGUGCAGGAGAUUGAACCUGAGUCUUCUACGUGCAGUGUAUGUGCUGCAGCUCAUCCAGCUAUCUCUCUGGCCUGUUUCAAAUAUCUUUGCACUAGUAUAUAAUCACCAGCACACUAAUUAUUUCUACUUCAUAACUGAAAAUAUUUAGUAAAAUAAUCAUUUGACUAUAAAGUAUGUUUUCCAAGUAUAAUUUCCAUGUAGUUCAACAUCCUUCCCCAAUACAAAAUAAAAGAUUAAUAUCACUGGUUUCUACCUUCAGUAAGUAAUAGCUUGCCACUAUAACAUUAUAGUUUUAUUUGGGGGGAGUCAAACCCCACGAUGCUUGGGGGACCAUGUGGUUCCAGGGAUCAAACCUCUGGCUCCUGCAGUCAAAAAAGCAAGUGCUCCAACCUGCUGAGCCACAUCCAAAGUCUGUCAACAUUUGAAAAAUCACAAAAGUAAGACAUAGUAAAAUACAUAAGCCUUGAUGCUUAAUCAUCAUGAAUUAUAAAACUAUUAAAUACACUGGCACUCCGCAAUUUGGAUUUGGGAGGGCCAGACCUGAUGGUCCUCAGGGUCUGUUCCCAGCCAGUGCUCGGGGGACUGUGCAGUCCUACCUACUGAAUCCAGACCUCCUACACACAGAUCUCCGUCCCACUGAGCGAGCUCUCCAGCCCUACAUUCAGUCAUUUUUAUAUUUUUCUUUUGAUUUGUUCAUACUAUUUUCAUGUUACUGACCUAAUAACAUGUUCCAAAUUUUCUCUGCAUGAAAUUGUUUUUUUAUGAGCAUAAACUGUCUCUACCUCUGUUCAUUCUGUGUUUGGUCAUUCUUUCCUUAUGUACUAGGUAUUAAUCUCAAAGACCCAGUCCAAGGCAAAGACUUGAUAAAAAGGUGACAAUGACACGAUUUUAUGCUUUUCAGUUGCCCUAAAUUCCUGAGAAGCAUUUUAAUUUUAAAUGUAAUUUUUUAAAUGUUGUAAAGAAACUAAUGAGAAGUAAAUGGUGUUAAAUUGGAAAUUAAUGAGAACAUACAGGCUUUAGAUUUUCUAAUAAGUCGUUUCUUUAAAACAAACAAAAAAAAAAACAAACAGAUUUUGGGAGCCCAGAGCAGUAGUACAGUGGGUAGAGUGUAUGUUUUUUUUAUUUGUUUGUUUUAUUUGCUUUUUGGGUCACACCUGGCGAUGCACAGGGGUUACUCCUGGCUUUGUACUCAGAAAUUACUCCUGGCGGUACUCAGAGGACCAUAUGGGAUGCUGGGAAUUGAACCCAGGUCGGCCGAGGUGCAAGACAAAUGCCCUACACACUGUGUUAUUGCUCCAGCUUCUAGAGUGUAUGUUUUGAUGUGACUGAUCCGAGUUUGAUCCCUGGUAUCCCAUAUGGUUCCCAGAGCACCACUGGGUGUGGCCCCAAAAAUGAACUAAACAGGUUUUAUGAAUGCCUUACCAAAGAAUGUAAAAGACAUUGAUGACAUCUGAAUUACAGUGUUCACUAAAAUUGGUUGUAAGGUAAUUUUCCCUCUAAGAUGUACAUAAAUUUUUUCUUAAUAUCUAUCUUUAUUGAAGGAAAUUGUAACUGAAAAAUUACACUAAAACAAAGGAAUUGAGUUUGAUAUUUUGUACAAAAUAACCCUACUAACACAGGUUUUUUAUAGGGUUUUUGUUUGUUUGUUUGUUUGUUGGUUGGUUUGCUUGCUUUUUGGGUCACACCAGCCAUGCUCAGGGGUUACUCCUGGCUCUACUCUCAGGAUUUACUCCUAGUGGUGUUCGGGAGACCAUAUGGUAUGCUGGGAAUCGAACCUGGGUAGGCCGUGUGCAAGGCAAACUCACUACCCGCUAUGCUAUCGCUCCAACCCCUAUAAAGAUUUUUUAACAGCACUGUGGAACCUACAUGUUCUCGUUCUUUACAAAUAUUCUCUGUGUUAAAUGAUAUUAGCUUUAAUUUACAGAUGUGAAAAUUCUCUUAAUGAGUAAUUUACUCAUUCAGAUAUUUACUAUGUACCAAAUGGCUGCAAGAAGAGAAAUGCCAAUAAUAUAAGAAGUUUUAUAUUUAACAAAUGUUCAUGCUCCAAAUUUCCUCAUUUGCUCUCAAAAUUGUAACCCUUUGUUAAACAAAUUAUCAUUAUUUAGUAGGACAAGUAGAUAUAUAAAAUAAAUUAAGAACCAGAUCACUCAACAGAAUGGAGCAUAUGGUUUGCAUGAAGGAAGCCCAGGUACAACCCCUGACAUCUCAUGGUUCCCCAUGCACUGCUAGCAGUCCCUGAGCAUAGAACCUGCAAUACCUCCUGAGCACUGCUGGGUGUCACCCAGAAGCAAAACAGAAAAACUGUAAAAGAUAGUCUGUGAAGUCAUUUUUGAUGUCUAGGUAGGUGUAAUGAUGUUUUGUCUCAUUCCUCAAUGUUAGAACAUGGGUAAAUCUUCAUUUUGGUAUAACAGAAAUAGGUUCAUUUCUAUGCCACAAUAUGGAGUUCUUUGGGUAUUAGAACAGUUGAAACUCGCUAAAAGUUAUUUUAUAAUGUGUGUUUGAAAAUUGAAUAUUGUGUUUACAAAACAUUCCAAGUAUGUUGAUAUUAAAGAUUUUUUUCUA